AUGAUAUCGAUUGGAAAUUGGGACGCAUUCCAUGGAACAGCAGCGUUCAAUUUCGAACAACAAUUUAUUGCGCUACUUCGCCUAUUGCAACGUAGACAAGUUGAGGAAAUCUACGUAAUGCCAUUGAUUCGCUACCGCGAACAACCCCAACAAGUCUUACAAGACUACGAGCGAGUUCUCCGCAGCACUUGGACUAGAACGUUCAGCGGUACCAUCCAAAUGAUGGCACCACUCGAUUUCUUCGCAGGUCUAGAACCUGAGAUUGAUCAAUUCGGUCCAAUGUACCGACUAGCAGACUUCACUGACUUCGUCAUAACCGUACGCAACGAAUUUAUCAUGAUUCCAUUAGACGUCACCGAACGUGCCAACGAUGAUAAUGACAACUACGAAGGAAAUGACGACGACAAUGCGUCCAAUGCGGGAAACGAUGAUAGCGAUCGUGAACUCAACGCCUCAGUACAGCAGCAACUCGCUGCGAAUAAUAAUACUCAGCAAAACCAGCAACCAAACGCCGUUGCUGGACCAUCGAGCCAAUCCGCUCCUACGCCACCUGCCGACAACGCAGCAUCCGCUGGAGCUGGUAUUAAUCAACAAACUUCACAGAGCAUACCUGCUCUCGGACAACAAACAGUGAAAAUACCCGGAGGCACGGCUACUAUCACAGUAAACUCUCGCAUAUUCUCUCCAACGCGUAAUACUACGCAAAAUGCCCCUACUUCGGGUCAAAGUGCGAAUGAGAUAUUUCAAUCGAUCGAUAGUCUGGCAACACCGCCAGCAUCUCAAGCUCAAGCUACACCGUCAGCUCCGGCUUCACCGGCGCUACCUGCGUCAACUCAACCGAUUGUCCAAGGGUCACCGCGAUCCACCGCACCGAAUUACCUCAGCUUCGCACCCAACCCGAAUCCACGAUCGCUUGGAAUCGAACACAUGGACACCAGCACAGCGCCGAAUACACCGACGCAACCUCAAACCUCAUUCGCACCAUCGGUGGCUACUACGCCAGCCAAUACAACGUUUCAAUCGCCGAAUACAUCGGUACAAUCCACACUGUCAUCAGCGACAGACGAAUCGCGAAUGGAAGACGAGCCUAGCGUAGCUGAGCUCAAAUCUCCGAUGAAAGACAAUUUCGACGAUUCGAAAAACGAGGAAGAUUAA